UGUGUUUUUGUCUAGUCAUGGAACAUUAUGAGUCUCUGGGUCUGUUGGGUGAGGGCAGUUAUGGCACUGUGCUCAAGUGUCGCCAUAGAGACUCUGGACGUCUUGUUGCCAUCAAGAAGUUCGUGGACUCUGACGAUGACAAAACAGUGAAGAAGAUCGCUCUGAGAGAGAUCAAGCUGCUGCGGCAACUGCAUCACAAGAACUUGGUGAACCUUCUAGAAGUGUGGAAACGGCGGCGGCGCUGGUAUCUGGUGUUUGAGUUCGUGGAGCGAACCCUCCUAGAAGAUUUGGACCAGAACCCUGGUGGGCUGGACGACAGCACCAGCCGUCAGUACCUGUUCCAGAUCCUGAGCGCAGCUGCCUUUUGCCACCAGCAGAAUAUCAUCCACCGAGACAUUAAACCAGAGAACGUACUCAUCUCUCAGGGGGGUGUGGUCAAGCUGUGUGAUUUUGGAUUUGCCAGAACCUUGGCGUCACCAGCUGAGGGUGGUGUCUACACAGACUAUGUGGCCACUCGCUGGUACAGAGCCCCUGAACUGCUGGUGGGAGACAUAAAAUAUGGAAAACCAGUAGAUGUUUGGGCUGUCGGAUGUCUGUUGCUGGAGAUGCUUUCAGGUCAGCCGCUGUUUCCUGGAGACUCUGACCUUGACCAGAUUCACCACAUCGUCAGAUGUGUUGGAAACCUGAUUGCCCGGCACCAGGAGCUUUUCUACCGAAAUCCUGUCUUUUCUGGAAUCAAACUGCCAGAGGGCCGUGAUCAACAACAGCUGCAUCAACGAUUUCCCUCCAUCACAGCCACUGCCCUGGAUUUGGCACAGAGUUGUCUCCAGGUGGAUCCUGAAAGACGAGCUAAAUGUUCUGAGCUGUUAGGACAUUCCCUUUUUACAGAGGACUCUUUCCACAUCAGGUUUCUGAAUGAGCUGGCUGCAAAAAUCAGAAAAGACAAUAGAGACAAUGAAAGUUUUCCUAAGCUUACUAAAACCACAACACGGGGAAGGGAAGAUGGGAACAGGAUGAAUCUGCAAGAAAAAGACAGGAGAAACAAAAGGGACAAAGACAAAGGAGACCGAAAAAAAACAUUAAAACUGCCUAAAACUGUGAGGAACAUCACAGAACCUUUGAUGUCCACCAAGCAGUCCAAGGUUGUGGGAGGUAGGGUUAACCGAAUUACAGAAAAAGAAAAAGUUGGGGCAACCAACAAAAACAAACCAGAAUGGACCAACGCAGCAUCGUUAGAGAAGGACCAUGAGAAAAGACAGUGGUCGAAAGCUCUCAAAUUUGGCUCCUUAGAUGGAACUAAGACUCCAACAAGCCUGAAGGACCAGAGUUCUCAGGCUAAUAAACAAGGGGAGGAAUCCAUCGAAGCAGUGGGAAACAUCUCCGGAUUUUCUCCAUCAAAUUCAAGUCAAAAUGACGGCAAAUCCCAGAUAAUGAAAAAGCCAGGAGUGUCUAAAUUGUUGGAAAUCUGUGGGAAAGAUCACUUGAACGUGAGGUUACCGUCAAUAAUUCCUUUGGAAACACCUGUCAGUCAGAACGACAAUAGUGAGGAGUCUCAAUUGUCUCCACUUUCGAGGAAUGCUGAUGAGGAUGAGGUGACAGCGUUAAGCUCCUCCCCCUCUGGCACCACACCAUACAAGGUGUCUUGUUUUUCAGAACAACAGAUCAGUGAAUGUUCAAAGGUCAUACCUCCAAACUCUAAACUCUCCAAGAAGACCAAAACCAACACCUCGAAGCCCCAUGCUUCAGAUGUGGUUAUUAAAACAAGUCCUGCUGAUCGUUAGGGGUACCAAAGUCCUGAGACCAGCUCAACACCAGCAGCAAAAACCAGCAGUAAAGAUCACAUCAAAGAGUUAAAUGAUUGCAAACCAAGACAAGAAACCAAAGUGUUUGCAAACUUCCUUUUGGUCUCUUGUGAUUAUAGGAGGCAACUUUUAGAGGACUCGUGCGAGAUCUUCAGUUUCCAUCAAGAAAAUGCCAGUAAGCCCAAGAACACCGUGAAAUCCAGACCAGGCUCAGACGUAAGGGAAUACUCCAAAUCUGAUGCAGCUAGUGAGUGUCCUUCAGGAUUUAAAGGUUCUGAGAGAAGAGAUUGAGAGAAGAUUUAACUUUUUGUGUCGACAAGCUCUCUGGUGGAGGAAUCCUUCAGAGUCUCCAGAGAUAACUGUGAAGUGAACUUUGAAUCCCUCAUCAAACACGUCGAGUCAAACCACGUCUACAAUCCAGAACCAUGAAGACAGAGUUAUCUUUGUCCACCAGUCUGUGGACACCACACAUGAGAUCUGAUACGUUCUGUAUUUCCAGGGCAGGAGGGUAGAGAUGGUACGUGAAGUUCUGCUGGGGAAAGAGGCAGUAUUCAGGGACAGGGUACCUGUAGACGUCCAUGUACUUCAACAGGUCAAGUUAAUUUUUUUUACAGGUCGGUGCCAUAGAGGGGAGGACAGACACAAGUAGAGUGUCUCCAUCAGGACACAACAGUAGAAACAGAUGCAAUACACACUCACUUUAACACAAGGCUUUCAUUUGUUUCUGAUUUUUGCUUCCUGUUAGCUGUUCUGCAAAUUUUCAAAAACGAAUUUCUACUACUAUACUAUUAGAUUCCGUUUAACUUUUCCCAGUUAUUAUUUUCUUAGAGUACUUUUUACAGUAUUUGCAAGUUCAACGUAUCUUUAGCUAGGGUUAUUUCUGAGCUUUAACCAAUCAGCUAGCAAGCUUUUGGCUAAUUUGACUGGACUCUUACAUUUGUAACUAAACUAACGAAUCUCUUUUGGAAUUAUUUGUUAUAAUUUGUUAUUAUCUUUGUGCUAACUUCUAGCUCGUUUGAAUAUUUUGUGCUGACCGUGGAGACGAUCUUAGUUUGUUAUACUUAAGCUCAGACUUUGCAUCUUUUGGUCAUUUCUAUGCAUUUUAUGACAACGUUUUAAAUGUACCAUGCUCUUGUUCAUACUUUUGAGUACUACAGCUGUACUACCUGUAAGUGUAAUGAAUACCUUACAAACCCAUAUAAAAAAUGUAUUGUUCUGUGUACAGAUUUUCUUUAAUGUGACCAUUUUUUAAAAAAAAGAUUACAAUAUUAAUUAUAUGUAAAUAAAAAC